CAGGGUCUGUACCCGACAAUGCCUCUCAUCCUCAACACUCCUUCUAUGGGCCGAGGAUACUUGUACAAAAUUGCGACGUUCCUCGGCUGCCAACCCGGCGAUCCCAGCGCGAUGCUCUCUUGCCUCAGGCAGGAGGCCUCCCAGGAGCAGCUGCUCAGGGCGGUGCGUCACGUCAGCAUCCCGCUGCGAUUCGUUCCCAGCCGCCUCGAAGGGUACAGGGUAGACGAAAUGCCGGAACAAGACGUCUGGAAGUUCGACGGUGACGUCGACAUCGUCCUGGGCAGCGACCUUUCCCUGGGCGAGACAUUCAAUCGCCAAUACCUGCUGCCGUACGCCGCGAGUCUCAACGACGCCUCCGACCCGGCGGUUCGGACCAACAUUUCCACAAACGUUGGUCCCAACGGCUAA